AUGGAUGUUUUAAGCAAUCUUCUCUACUGGUGCAAACUUUUGCAUAUAGCCCAACAUUCAGAUAUGGCCAGCUCACCUGCUUUCAGUGCAUUCCAUCGGCGUCAGAGCUCUUCACGGCUAUACCCAACUUUUUACAGGGCUCAAAGAUUUAUGUGCAGCACACAUACAGAACAGGAACGGUACUGGAGCCACAUUCCUGCGUGGAAAGAUGUGGAACGCAAAGAGUUUGUUAGCUACAGGUUCCAGCUUCGAAAUACUGUUAAUCAUGCCAAACUCAACAAAUUUCUCAUCGACGUGCUUCCGGAUACACUGGCACCAUCAUACAAUCUCCAAUUACAGCAUAUCCAGACGAAGCAUGAUUUCAUUGAAGAUGCUAAUUCUGGAUUAGAGGUUGCACCCAUGGCUGUUAGACUUACGCCCCAUAUACUUUCUCGGAUUAACUGGGCAGCCCCCCUCGACGAUCCCAUUCGACGCCAGUUUCUCCCUCUGAAAAGCAGCAUAAUUGAAGAUCACAGGUUACUAACGCUGGAUUCGCUCGACGAAGAAGCCGACUCGCCUGUCCCCGGCCUGGUGCAUAGAUACCCUGGCCGAGCGCUAUUUCUAGCGACAUCAAUCUGCCCAGUUUACUGUCGGUUCUGCACACGAUCGUACGCAGUGGGCGCGCCUACGAGAACAGUAUCUAAGUGGCCCCAAAAACCGUCUAGGAAGCGCUGGGAGAAGGUUUUUCAGCAUAUCGAGAAAGACCACUCUUUGCGGGACAUUAUUAUUUCGGGCGGCGACGCGUAUUACCUGUCGCCCGAGGAUCUCCGCGAGAUUGGUGAGCGUCUUCUUGGGAUCCCACACAUUCUACGUUUUCGCUUCGCUUCAAAAGGUCUAGCCGUGGCCCCCGGCCGUAUUCUGGAUCAAACCGACCCUUGGGCGAGCACACUAAUUGACCUUUCAAACCAGGGUCGGCGGAUAGGCAAGCAAGUGUGCCUGCAUACGCAUAUAAAUCAUCCGAACGAGAUAACAUGGAUUACGCGAAGUGCAGCAAACUAUCUUUUUGCGAACGGUGUGAUCGUCCGAAACCAGUCUGUGUUGCUUAAGGGCGUCAACGAUGAUGUUGAAACGAUGGGGAACCUGAUCAGAUCGCUGUCUGAAAUAAACAUCCAGCCUUACUAUGUGUAUCAAUGUGAUCUUGUACGCGGUGUUGAAGAUCUCCGGACACCUCUUGGGACGAUGUUAAGGAUAGAAAAGCAUAUUCGCGGGACUUUCUCUGGAUUUAUGCUACCUUCUUUUGUAGUCGAUCUACCCGGUGGAGGCGGAAAACGCUUAGCUUCGACCUUCGAGAGUUACUUGGAUGGCAUUUCUACGUGGGAAGCACCGGGACUAUCUGGAGAGAAAGGAAGAAAGCGAUAUCUUUAUUACGAUCCCAUUAUACCAGGUCGCAUUGCUCAGUUUCCGAGGAUAUCAGACGGGGAGAGUACAGGUUAA